AUGACAAAAUUCCUAACUCUUUUACUCCCCCUUCUGGCGCGGUUUGCUGCUGCGAGCACCGCAGUCUCGACUCCCGAAGAUGUGACCAUGUGGUGUGACGGGGAACUUGACGUCGACUCGGCCGACCUGGCGCCCUUUUACGAUCCUGUGCCUUUGCAUGACGCUCUACAAGGCCGCCAAGAAGCGCAGCAGUUCCCCCCAUUAAGCUUCCGAGUCUUCAAUCACGUUGUCUACGCGAACGAGACUGUCAAGGGAGGCUACGUAUCGGAAUACGAUGUUAAAAAGGUGGUCGACAUGCUGAGCACGGACUUUGGGAGGUUUGGGGUAUCCUUUACCUACGUUAAUACGACUUACACCCUAAGCGAGACCUUGACUACCGUGACGAACCGCAAAGAGAUGUAUAAGAAGUUGGUAAGACCGCGGCGACUAGGCGGGUAUGCGGACCUGAAUCUCUUCUGGGUGGCUUUUCUCAAUGGUGCCAAGGGCACCUGCAGUAUGCCGGCUCCAGGUUACUUGAGCGGCGAGCGCGCGAGGGAUCAGGUGGUUCCCGCUGACGCCUGCACCCUGCGCGCCACGACUGUCGAGGACGUCGGGGGCAAAGUCAUCACCCACGAAGUCGGUCAUUGGCUGGGCCUGCUCCAUCCUUGGACCAAGGGAUGUGAGGUUGGCGAUUAUGUUGCCGACACUUGGCCGCAGGAGAUGGGAACAAAUGAUAUCCCUCAGAGUAAGAGAAGGGAAGAUAACGGUGGCGAGGUCUUUCAGUGCGGUGAAUGGCGCCCCAGCAACUACCGUAAUUUUAUGGAUUACUUCCCUUACCGGACACACUUCACCGAUCUCCAGGGCGAGCGCAUUAGGGCGCAUGGCUACCUGCGCCACAAGUACAGCACCGAGCGUCCUGUUUCCAUCAGCGAGGGCGAGGUCUGGGCCGGUUGCAAGGUCAGCUGGAACGGUCCCAAGUCCUUCCCGAACGGCCUCGCCUGCGAGAUGAACUCGACAGAGACCCUGUUCCUCUCGUGCGCUGCCAAGGCAGCUGCCGGUGGCUCUGCAGAACCAUUCACGAUCGAAGCCCCUUGCCCCCUCCGAUGGGUCGGACCCGCGGAGUUUGAUGGCGAGGUCAACUGCGAGGAGUUGAACUUUAACCAUUUCCAAUGCAAGCCCGCUACCGCCCCGCAAGUACCCAGUCAAACCGAGCCGGCAAAGGAGGACGAAGAGAAACCGUGGGUCUGGGAAAUUGCGGAAGAUAUCAAGUCAGAGCCCAAGCAGGAGCAGGAGGACGAAGAGAAACCGUGGGUCUGGGACAUCUCGGACAAUUAG